CUUGGCCUCUUCUGCAUAUCCUACCACAACUGCCUGGUUUUAUGUGAUGCUGCUGAUUGAACCCAGGACUUCCUGCAUACUAGACGAGCAUUCUGACUGAGCCACACCCUGAGUCUACAUGCUUCCUGUAAAUGGGAUGGUCUUGGGUCUCCGGGGUGGCGGCAUGGAGGCACGGUUCACCCGUGGGAAAUCGGCGCUGCUGGAGCGGGCCUUGGUACGGCCGCGCACUGAGGUGAGCCUGAGCGCCUUCGCUCUGCUGUUCUCCGAGUUGGUACAGCACUGUCAGAGCCGAGUCUUCUCUGUGGCCGAGCUUCAGGCACGCCUGGCCGCCCUGGGCCGGCAGGUGGGUGCCCGAGUCCUAGAUGCCCUCGUGGCCCGCGAAAAGGGUGCCCGGCGAGAGACCAAGGUGCUGGGUGCACUGCUGUUUGUCAAGGGUGCCGUGUGGAAGGCGCUGUUUGGCAAGGAGGCAGACAAGCUGGAGCAGGCCAACGAUGAUGCCCGCACUUUCUACAUCAUUGAGAGGGAGCCACUCAUCAACACCUACAUCUCGGUACCUAAGGAGAACAGCACACUCAACUGUGCCAGCUUCACUGCAGGCAUUGUGGAGGCCGUACUCACGCACAGCGGUUUCCCUGCCAAGGUCACAGCUCACUGGCACAAGGGCACCACACUCAUGAUCAAGUUUGAAGAGUCCGUCAUUGCUCGAGAUCGGGCCCUGGAGGGCCGCUGACCCCACAACAGAUAAAGGAUAUGCAGAACCCCA